AUGCAGGCAUCCACAGUUUCUGCUUCUUCCACGGCGGCAGCGGCAGCUGCAGCUGCUGACCUGCUCACUCCGCUACCAGCACCCAAGGUCGACACGCUCACUGACGUCUGGUUCCAACGCAGAGGCGACGGUACCUGCCGUACAGGCAUUCUUCACCUCACACCGCACCAUCUUACCUUUGAAUAUAUGCCAUCAUCAGCUGCCCAAACACCAACACGGAGAACUUCGAUACCCUUGUCUCUGAUCCUCAAAGCGACGCGCAUCCCAUCCCUCCGCAUCUCGGCGCAGCCAUCAGCGCCUUUGCAGCGUAUUUAUCCGAUCACGCUCUUUUACAAAACGUUCGACUCGGCUGCCUUUGCCUUCCAAUCCGAGAGUGACCAGCUCGCCGUCUUUGAUAGCCUCAAAGAGUGUGCGAUUCUAACCGAUGUUUCUCAACUCUAUGCCUUCUACUAUCAGCCCUCGCCGAAUGAUGCUGACACUCGCUCUACCAUUGGCCGCAUCUAUGACCCUAAAACCGAGUUUGCUCGUCAAGGCAUCGGUUCUCGCUCCAAGGCCUGGCGCUUCACUGAUAUCAACGCUCAGUAUUCCUUUUGUGCAACUUAUCCUGCUCUCAUGGCUGUUCCUUCCCGCAUCAGUGACACCACGCUCAGCUAUGCAGCAAAGUAUCGCAGCAAGGCUCGUGUUCCUGCUCUCACUUAUCUGCACUGGGCCAACCAUGCGUCUAUCACCCGUUCCAGUCAGCCCAUGGUCGGUUUGAAGAAUGCGCGCUCCAUCCAGGAUGAAAAGCUCAUCGAGGCCAUCUUUACCUCGCAUCACUUUGCCGAUCCCGAAUCCAUCAUGGCUAAAGCAGCCGCAGACGCCUCCAGUAGCGCCGCGUCCUCUGCGUCUGGCGCUCCCGCCGUCGCCACUGUCUAUGGUGCCACGACCACCAACCUCAUCGUCGAUGCUCGCCCAACCACCAAUGCCAUGGCAAAUGUAGCCAAAGGUGCCGGAACCGAAAACAUGGAAUACUACAAAGGCUGUAAAAAGUCAUAUCUUGGUAUCGAAAACAUCCACGUUAUGCGCGACAGUCUCAACAAGCUCACCGAUGCGCUUCGUGAAAGCGAGCCCAUCGCCACUUUUGGCAUGCGCGUCGAAGCGUUCGGCGAUGCCUCUGCCAAUACGGUGGUCACCGACAAUUCUGGCUCAGUGCUGCGCCUCAAUCCGACGCCUGUCGAUCCAGCUGCGCUUCGCAAAUCCAUGUGGCUCAAGCACAUCCAGUCGCUCAUCGAAGGUUCCAUGUCCAUCGUCCGCAACGUUCACGUCAACAGUUCUCACGUUCUCAUCCAUUGCUCUGACGGCUGGGAUCGUACCUCGCAGCUCGCUGCCAUCGCUCAAAUUUGUCUUGACCCUUUCUUCCGCACUUUUGACGGUCUAGCGGUGCUCAUCGAGAAGGACUGGCUCAGCUUCGGUCACAAGUUCACCGACCGUAGCGGUCUCAAAGGUUCAGAUCGCUACUUCACCAUCGCUUCCAAGUACAACUACGCCAGUCUCACUGAGGACGAAGAAGAUGCUUCUGACACGGAUCCUGAACUUGAAAAAACCAACUCUAGCGCAACAGGCGGCUUUGACUCUCAAGCUGCUGCCAACGCCUUUUGGGGUUUCACCAAGCAGCUCACCGCCAACUUUUCGGCCGCCACUUCUAGCGCACCAGCUGGCCCAAAGAAGGGGUCCAACAUAAAAGAAACCUCUCCCGUCUUUCACCAAUUCCUAGAUUGCAUGUGGCAGAUCAUGCGUCAGUUCCCCGAACGCUUCGAGUACGAUUCGCGGUAUCUCGUCGAGUUGCAUCAAGUCAUCCACGAGUGCAAGUACGGCACUUUCCUCAUGGAUUGCGAGCGCGAGCGUUUCAAGCCUCAGGAUCACGAUGGCCGAGCGCUUCCUGCUCUGUCUACACGCACCAUUAGCGCAUGGACCUACCUAUUGCGCCCGGAUGUCAAGAACAAGCAUCGCAAUCCGAACUACAAACCCGAGCUGGACGACAGAGACCCCAAGCGCAAGAAUACCGACAUGGGCGUCCUCAUUGCCGAUUCUCGCGAUGUGCGCUACUUUGAACAGCUUUUUCAGAGAGCCUCAGGCGACAUGAACGCCGCCUUAGACAAGGAAGCCGAAGAAAGGCGACGUGCUCGAGAGAGGUUGGAACGUGCUGUCCGCGGUAUCGAUACGCCAAACGCAUCGUCGGAAGCGCUCAAGGUCGUCGGUACUGAUGGAGCGUCAUCAGCGGAAAACACUGUCGCCACUUGCAUAGCAGUGUCCGGUGGCGGUGAGCUGGAGAAGCCAGCUGUCACCACUGCUGUGGUGGGCGCAAACGACCCUGAUCCAGUCCUGAAUCCGCUCGCGGCAGCGGCGGCAGCCGUUGGAGGCAACAAGGCCGGCUCGCCGAGCAAAGGCAUAGCGAGUUCGCCAGCACCGGGUGCGAUUGACCUUGCGCUCAAUGGUCAUGUGGAUGCAACGCGCCUUGCAUAUCAGGCAAGACAGCCGCGAAGUCGGACACAUGCGAAUGCAAGCUCCUCUGCCCCGAGUGCAGCUACUGACUCUCCAACAGCGAUGGCGAACAAUGUCUCGAGUGCGGCAGACGCUGCGGCUAACAGAAUGAAGAAUCUUUUGAUUGGCGGAUGGGGAAGACUGCAGGAGGCCAUGGCUGCACCUGCAUCAGAAGCAUCGGCUCUUCCUCCAGAUACUAGUCCAACCAGACCACAGCGUUCGAGCCCAGCGAAGCUAGAUCAAGACCCGAGGACAUCGUCUCAUCAACCGUCGCUGCGUGCUUUGAACGAGCACAGCAGCCAUACACAUGCUCACACCGCUCUGGCACCGGCGGUGCACAAUCCGUGGGCCGUGAAUGCGAACAUGCGCGCCGAGAUGCAGCGUGAGCACGUAGCAAUGCGAUCGUCGCUCAGCAGCGCAGGUGCGCAUACCGCAGAUCCCGCACGUCCAGCUUACGGCGUCAGUGAGAGACAGCAAAGCUGUGCCCGAUCCGCGUAUCCCAGCACUGGAGCAAUCGACGCUCAUCCAUCCACGGAUAGCAACGCCGACGCAAGCAAGAGCUCGAGCAACCUCAUGUCAGAUCCGCUCGGUGUGCUAUGA